GGGCGCUUUUCCAACGAAUUGUUUGAGCUUUGCUUAUUUAAGGUUUUUAAAGCUCAGUUCUACACCAUUCGAUUUCAUCCCUGACUCACGCAACAGCACUGAGUGAGAAGAUCUGCUAAGAACACCUCUGUACAUGUUUAUGUCAAUAACUGAACACCAUGGGUUCGUCAGAGAGCAAGGUACAUGUCAUCUAUGAAGAUACCACAGACAAAGAUAUCAAAAGGGAGAUUAGGAAGGAACAAGAGGAAGCUCAAAAUAAGCAGCGGCAAGAAAAAAUAAAACAAGAGAACCUUGAAGCUGAAUUUAAAAAAGUCGAUCUAAAAAGAAACAAACUGCGUGAAUAUACAUUCGGAGAAUAUAAUCAUAUUGAAUCAUUUGAAGGUCUGGAUGUAUUAGAAUUUCAACAGCCGGGUGCUAUUAAAAUUGGCGUAUUUGGGCCUGCAGGUGCUGGGAAGAGCAGCUUCAUAUACACAUGUGAACGGAUUAUAAAUGAGAUCAAUAGAGGAACGGCUGAUGUAAAAACAGAAGGUGGAGAGGGCACUAUUCGUUUAAUGGAUUACCUCUACGGUGACUGGCAUUAUAAACUAGUCGACACAAGAGGAUUUGGGACAUACGGUAUAAGUGAGUUGGCUGCAUUCUCCAAUAUAUUGUUUGGUAACGUCACAGUAGGAAACGAAGUUGAUUUCAACAGUGAUGCCAGACCAGCUGAAGUAGGAGAGGAAGGAGACGUGUUUAAUUGGAUACACAGUGUUGUGUUCGUAGUUAGUGCUAAAGACCCCCGAAUAAAACAACUGGAAACGAGUUUGAAUCCAAUGCGAAAGUAUUUGAGACCCAGAGGUAUUGGUACAAUUACUGUCAUCACGCACAGAGAUCAAGUGGACGAAUCCGAGAUCGAAGAUAUAAAGACCAGCGUCUCGGCAGCCACUGGCAGCGCUAUAAAUCAUACAUUCUUUGUCACCAACUACACUGGAGAUAUACUCAGUCAACCUCCACGUCCUGACAUUGAAGGAAUAACCUGUGAUGUGCUGACCGCAGCUCUUAUCAUGGGCGAACGAUACAUUAGAAUAGCCAUGCGCAAGCAACAGAGAGAAGCUGGUAGCGGGGAGGCACAGACUAUUAAAACUGUUAACAGUUUGUUUGAGUCACUAAGAGAAAAAUUUCCGAUACCGGAACAUAAAUUACUCGUCAUUGAAAGAGAAUUAGAAAUUGCUGGGAUAUAUAACGCCCCUGAUCUCAAAGAAGCAUGGACGGAAGUGACUGAACGAAUUGAAAUUUCGAAACCUAUGCAAAAGUACAUAAGUAGUGUUCUAAGCGCAAAUUGAAAAAAAAAAAUCAACUCAACACAUAUUAUUUCACUGUAGAGAUAUUUGUCAGUAUGUAAUCAAAUCAUAUACAUUGCUCUACCUUCCAUGUUUAUCAAACAUGUACUAUUCGGCUCAACUAUUAAAAAACAGUAAUUUUGCGCUGGUUGCUAGUGGUUUUGUAUUAAUUCCCGAAUGAUCAUUACAUCUAGUUGAAAAUUAACGCAUAAGCUCAUAAUCCAAGGAUUUGGUAGGAAAAGAUGUUGGCGUUCAGAAACUUCGAAUUGUUAAUCGUUCUUAUUAGCAUAUUCACAUGUGUCUGAACAAUGCAUUAAUUACGUGUUGAGAAGACAGUGCCACGUCGUUUUAUAUGCAUAUCACAUGUGACAGUUUAAAUAAUAGAUUUGUCUACCAAAUUGUAGUGUUCGUUCUAGUAUUAA